CCAUUUUAACUAGGGGCCUCCUUAAUCAAAGUGAAAUGGAAUUAGAGCCGGUGCCGCUUCACUUUCCCUUCUUCAACAUGGCCUCCGGGGCAGGAAAGAGAAAUUGGAGGCUUGCGCUGGACCCCGCCCGCGCCCCUGGGCGGGCCAAUCACCGUGGGCAGCUCCGGUUGCGCAAGCGCACUGCCGAGAGGACGCUGGGUAGAUUUGGUGAGGCAAUCCUUUUGGCACCUGUUUCCAUGACUCCUCCUCCAUCUCGGCAGCGGGAGAUCAGGAGGCGGGCCCGGGGCGGGCCAACGCAGAGUCUCCGCCCCCUCAACCUUCUCUGGGCUCGGGCCCGGGGGUGGUUUACGGGGGUGCAGCCUGAGCCACAGGAAGGGCACCCUGGGGGAGAGGAGGACGUGAGGCGUUGUGUCCGAGGGGGGUGAGGAGUUGCCCUUCAUUAUCAGCCAGGGACGAGCACG